AUGUUCAGCCGCACGCGAGCACAGCGCCAGAAGGCCAACACGGCGAAACAAAUGGCCCGGCUCUUCCCGGUAGACCCUAUCCUCGUUCUCGAACGCCUCGACGCCGCGGCGACUGCGCAGCUCGCGGCGUGCUGCGCGGGCGCCCGAGAUAUUAUAAAAGACGGCACUAGACUGAGGCGCCUCGCGGCGCGGCGCUGGAGCUGGCCGCAGCAUCCUAAGUCCCAGAACGACGACCUCGUGACGUUAGAUGAUUUGCGGUCCAUGGACGACCUCGAACGGGUCCUCUCGCAAUGGAAACUAUACAGAGCGCGAGCGGGCCGGCCCGUCCCGCGCUUCACGGAUGGUUUUGAUGAGGCGUGUUUACUGGUGCAUUCGAGACGACGAGUCGCUCUCGAACUCGUCGGCGCGUCGAACGGCUGGUACCGCUGGUCGGCGGACUUCGAGAAAGGUGAGAGACCCGCGACGGGCACGCCGCCGAGCUGGGUCGAGACGACGCAGAACUGGGACGCGGACUGGCUCGACUUCGAGGCACCUUCAUUAACUCUGGAGGGCGAGAUGCGGCGGGACGCGCAGCACCUUGCUGACCUAUUACCGGGAAAUUGGAGGCUAUCUGUUUGUCAGGGCACGGUCGCGAUACAAAACGGCGGCGUGUGGCUCCAGCUGACGGAGCGCGGGUUCCGGUGCGCGCAGUGCCAUGACACGGAGCGCGGCGAGUACGCGGCGCGCUACGAGGUCGCCCACGGCCCCGUCGCCGUCUUCGGCGGCGCGGCGCGGUCGCGGACGCUCAGCGCGCUGGCGCCGGGGCCCUGGCCGCGCAGCGACGACCCAGAAAUAACUGAGGUGCAGGGCGCGGCCUUCGACGUGUCCGCGAGCGACGACGAUAGUGAAUAA